AUGACAUCGCACUUCCCUCAGGGUUAUCCUUUUUCGAGUUUCGCCAAUCGAGCGUCAUCAUCUGCGGUCGAUUCUCAGAAGCCAUUUUUUGGCUUUAGCAAGUCACCAAAUUGUUUCGUGACGGAGAAGAACAGGUGUCACGGUCAAGGACAUCCAAGUGCGUCUGGAUUGGGGUUAUUUGAUGAAAGCGAGCCGCAGACAAAGCGAAAGGUGGAGAGGAUAAACGCACACUUUAGGAAUUUUCAUAUUUCUCCUAUUAGAAACCCUAACCAUGAAGCAUGGCAAGCUCAUCAGAGACACGAAACGUUUGAGGAAAUUGAGGAUCGGUACGGCUUUUUGUCAUCUGUAAUGUUAAGCGACUCAUCAGAAGACGAAAUGAUGGAAGAGCAGAAUAAGGGUAAUGCUGAUCUUCACGAAGUGGCAAAAAAAGUACAUCUCAGUCAGUUGUUAAGGGACUACAUUACUAAAACUAAAGAACAGCCUGUUAUUAUGCCAAGUAUUUCCAACAGAGCCUUAGUGCCAUAUGUACCUCGAAAUCCAAUGGAUGAUCCUUCAAUGCGUGGAAGAAUAAACGAGAUUACGGAGGAAGAAGCUGGGAAAAUUUUAAAUUCGGGAUCGGUUGAACCUGUUCCAUACGUCGAAGACUGCGCCGAUGAAACAGAAGUUGAAGAGUGUGCAACCCAUCCCCCAGCCGCUACUCCUACUUCACUGACCUUUUUAGAGUUGCCAGAUGACAGUGAGUUCGACAUGGAUAUCGAUUUUGAGUAG